UCCGUUCCCGCCAGGCCAGGGCUGCAGCCACCCACUUAAGGAACUCUACAUGCUCACGUGGGRUAUGGAAGCCUGAGGUGCUAUGAUAUCAUUGGCAUUUUCUCCUCACGUCCCCUGUGAAAUCUGCUGUAGGGGCAACCUGAGAUACACAGCCAAAUGGAAAGUGAUAUUCUCCAAUCAUUUGGAUUACAAGCAGGACCGCCGGGUGAGGAAGGAGGCGGCUUGCCGAGGGUCGGCGGGCGAUGCCGGCGGGCGGCCGCAGCCGGGGCGGGGGACCCGGUGCCGCCGGGGUCACAACUUUGCCGGGGCCGGCGUUGGCUCGAUGGGCUCGGCGGGCAGCGGCGCCCCCGCCCGCCCCCCGGCUCCCCCCGUCGCCGCCUGGAAAAAUGCAGUGUGCCAUUUUACACCCGCCUCUGGAGCACACAGGACCAAAGUCUAGCGCUGGUUUUCGGUGACACUGCAAAACUACGGCUCGCCCCGCGCAACCCCACGCCUCAUCCUCCCCUCGGAGAGAGCGGCCGCCUCUCGAGAAUUAAUAAAGAAAGACAGCUGGAGAAAAUAAUUCCGAGACUUCGCCGUUUUGCCUCCGUCCCUCCCCCCGCCCCCGCCCCCACUCCGAACCCCGCAGCAAGUUUGUGCCGCCCGGCGCAUCCCUCGGCCUCCCCCCGCGGCACCCCCGCACCCCCGCCCCGCCGGGCUCCGGCAGCUUCGCAGCAUCCGAAAGAGCCAGUCAUGCCUGAAACAAAAUCCAUGAUUCCUGGAAAGUGGAGAGGCUUGAAUCCCAACAAAUACUCGAUUUACUUACAAUUAUAAAUACCUACCUUAUAAAAGAACUAAAUUAACACUAAAUUCAACAGAUACAUCCGUUACGGCAGGAAUAGUUUUUCCAUAAAUACUGUUUUAAAAACCCCUCCUUAUACUGACUGACAGAAUUCUACCAUGCUGCCCACAAACAAAAUGGCUGUGGCACCGAGUUUUUUGGUUCCUCCCACUGUGCCUCCCCCUGGCCUCCAGGAAGUGGUAGAAAUCCAAAAUAAAAUCCGCACGAAAAGUACAAUACAUCAGCCAAACUCCGCACGGCACCGCCAGACAGCAUCGGGAGGGAAGCACAUUCACCAACAUUGUAGUUUCUCGAGGAUUUUUAUUGUUUUUAAAAGGGCAUCAAUCACUGGGAAUUUACAUCACUGUGUAAUUCGAACUUCCUGCUUUACAUAUUUAUAAGGUCUUUCACCUAUCUUGGCAGGCUUUCA